AUGGGAGGCAGCAUGACCAGCGCCACCACCCUCAAGGAACUACAGGAUUCCGCCCUUGAACAUCUUUGGGUCUACCUACGGGAGCCCAGCGACAUGGCCGAGAAGGGCGAACCCACCGUCUAUGUAUCGGGUGAGGGAGUGCGCGUCACUGACUCCCAGGGCAACACCUCGAUCGACGCCAUGUCGGGACUCUGGCUGAAGAACGUGGGCUACGGCCGUAAGGAAAUCGCCGACGCCGCUUAUGAGCAGAUGCUCAAGCUGACCUAUAUGCCCAUGGGCACCACCACCGAGCCGACCAUCCGACUCGCCGAGAAAAUCGCCGAGAUCACUCCCGGGGACCUGUCCCGCUCCUUCUUCACCAGCGGAGGCUCCGAGUCUAUUGAGACCGCCAUCAAGCUCGCCCGCGCUUAUUUCAAGCGUGUCGGCGAACCCGGACGCAUCAAGUUCAUCAGCCGCAAGGACUCCUACCACGGCGCCACUGCCGGCGCCAUGGCACUGGGUGGAAAUCAUCUCUACCCCCGGGCUGACUACGAACCCCUGAUGCCCGGCACCUUCCACGUGCCGCAACCCAACUUCUACCGCUGCGAGUACAACAGCCAGACUCCCGAGGAAUGCGGCGAGCGCAAUGUUAAGGCCAUCGAGGACACCAUCAAGUUCCAGGGCCCUGAGACCGUCGCCGCCGUGUUCGCCGAGCCGGUGUCCAGCCCCAUGGGCGCCGUGGUACCUCCCGACAACUACUGGCCCAUGCUACGUGAGGUCUGCGACAAGUACGGCGUCCUGCUCAUCGCCGACGAGGUCAUUACCGGGUUCGGACGCACCGGCAAAAUGUUCGCCUGCGAGCACUGGGGCGUCACCCCCGACAUGAUGACUGUGGCCAAGGGCAUCACCAGCGGUUACAUCCCCAUGGGCGGCACCAUCACGCGGAAGGAGAUCGCCGACGCUUUCGUAGGGAGCCAGCGGGUCAGUUUCCGCCACGUCAUCACCUUCGGCGGCCACCCGGUGGCGGCGGCGGCGGCACUGCGCAACAUACAGAUCAUGGAGGACGAGGACAUGGUGGGUAACUCGGCCCGCCAGGGAGCCUACCUGCUGGACGGUCUCAAGGAACUGCAGGAGAAGCACCCAAUGAUCGGCGUCGUCCGCGGGCUGGGCCUGAUGUGCGGCAUGGAGCUGGUAAAGGAUCGCGAGACCAAGGAGACCUACCCCGCCGAAGCCGAGUUGGGCAGCCGCUUGACCUCGGCUUUCCAGGCCAACGGCCUCCACCUCCGCGGCAGCGACAACAUGAACGUCGCCCCUCCACUGUGCGUAACGUCCGGCGAGAUAGACGAGAUCGUCUCUGGCAUGGACCGCGCCUUCACCCAGGUAGGCCGCGAACUGGCCUAG